AUCAGACAAUAAAAGAUGAGCGGACUUGCUCCACCUGGAAGAAUGAGAUUCAUUGCAGUUGCUGUCGUACUUUGUGCUGGAUAUUUCUGUUCAACGGCCUUUGCCCAUCCUCGGGGAGAAUGGACAAAACUCAUCCUGACCCAACACUGGCCACAGACAUUUUGCAGUAUGGAACAAUGUAAAACAAAUUUGAGCUAUUGGACUCUGCAUGGAUUAUGGCCCAACACUGGCAUAAGGUGCAACACAUCCUGGCAUUUUAAUGCCAGUUUGAUUGAGGACAUAUUACCAGAAAUGGAGAAAGUCUGGCCUGAUCUGCUUGUACCUUCUUCCCCAGAAUUUUGGAAAUAUGAAUGGCAGAAACAUGGAACAUGUGCUGCAAAAGCUGAGUCUCUGAACAGUGAGCAUAAAUACUUUAGCAAAGCUCUUGAGCUGUACCACAAGUUUGACCUUAAUAGUGUUUUAAGGAACAACAACAUUGUGCCCUCUGAGGAGCGUUACACUCUUGAUGAUGUGGAGACAGCCCUUAUCAACUUCUACAAAGUGAAGCCAAAGAUUCAGUGUGUCCACCCAGGAAAGGGGGGCCAGUUUCAGACUUUGGGCCAAAUAGAGAUCUGUGUUGACAGGGAUUUCCAGCUGAUCAAUUGCGAAAAGUCAACCGAAGAAAUCUGGAGCAAUGACAUACUUGUCAGUGGCAAAUCAGACCUCAGUGUGUGUGAUCACUCCAUGCCGAUCUAUUACCCUCCAGUGCCGAGCAGAUCAUAGAGGUGGGCAAAUCCAGACCUCUUUUGGGAGUGUGGAAUCACUGAGAAAGAGACGAGAAUUCAAGAAUUAAUUUGUGAGUUCCUGUCUAGCAUUUGAAACACUGGAAACAGUUGGAAAUGUUUUCUAUUUACACUAUCUUUUUAAUUAAUUGCACAUUUAAUUCCUUUAUUUUAAAUGAUGAUGCUGGAACAGUAGAGAACAUUUAAGGGUGUCAAAAUCACAGACUGCAUGCUGUAUUCUAUGAUUGCUGGGUCCAUAUUUACAUUUUACUGGUUUUACACAGUUUGCUCAGCCAAACCGUUGUCAUGUUUAUUUUUAGGUGAAUACCACAAAAGUAUACCAGGAAAAGAACUAUUAUAAAUGAAGCAUCUU